AGCCCCAAGCGCUACGCGGCCAUGGCAACGAAGCUGGCCGCCGUCCUACGCCGCCAGCUCCCGAACCCCUUCGGCGGCGGCCUCUCCGACCCUUAUCCCUCUCCUCCGAUGAUUCCCCGUCGCCUCUUAUGGUCGAUGAAGAAGGAACCUGCCUUGGAGGCCUCGCUAUCCCGCAACCGCCGCUGGAUCGUCAACAACCAGAUCAAAAAUUUCCUCCUCCGUUCGCCCGGCCACACUGCGACUGUCCGUUCUCUCCAGAAGAAAUUGAAGUCCUUCGACCUCCAAGGUCGCGCCAUCAACUGGCUCCGAAAGUAUCCUUGCUGCUUCGAUGUCCUCUACGCCCCCGACGGUGGCGGCGAGGAGGAGAUUUUCUUCACCUUCUCCAAGCGUAUGGCUUUCUUAGUCGAAGAGGAGGAGGCCGCCAUGGCCGCGUCUGAGCCCGCCAUGGCCCAGCGGCUCGCCAAGCUCCUCAUGCUCUGCCGUGAUCGCCGCCUCAACGUCGUCAAGCUCAACGAGCUCAAGCGAGGCUUUGGAUUUCCCGACGAUUACCUUCUGCGCCUCGUCCCCAAGCUACCGGAGACCUUCCGGGUCGUCAACCGCACCGGGCGGAGGAACUCGAUGGAGAUCGAGCUCGUCCGGUGGGAUCCUGACCUGGCCACAUCGGCUGUCGAAGCCGCAGCCAUUGAGCGAGGAACCGAACCGCGCUUCGUGUGUUCGUUGCCGGAUACCUGGAUCAAGACUCGGAAGAAGUUCGACGAGUUCAACGAAGCAACUCCGUACGUCUCGCCGUACUCAGCGGACAACACGGAAACAGAUAAGCGAGCCGUGGCCGUCAUCCAUGAGAUCCUUUCGCUUUCUCUAUGGAAGAAAGCGUCGAUCUUCAAGCUGGAGCACUUCAAGAAGGAGCUUGGGUUGCCGGAGAAGUUGAAUCUGCUGCUGCUGAGGCACCCCUGCAUCUUCUAUGUGUCGAACAGGUACAAUAUUUACACGGUGGUGCUCAGAGAAGCAUACAAGGGAUCGGAGCUCAUCGAGAAGGACCCAUUGGUGGUGGUAAAGCAGAAGCUUGGGGAACUGAUGCAGGAAGGUCUUCACGAAUAUAACCAGAGACGGCAUUUGGCUAAUUUGGAGAAAAAGAGGAAGAAAGGUGAAAUUAGCAUACGAACAAAAACGGAGGAAGAUGAUGAGAACGAAGAGGAAGCUCUAAGACUGGACAGUGUCGAGAAGAGGGAAGAGAGGAAAAGGUUUUAUAAAGUUCUCUUCGAUGAAAAUCCAUGAUGAACCAAAGCUUCUCAGCUGUCAAAAGAGUAAGGAGAAGGCUUCCUCACCAUGGAACAAUUGGGAACAUGGCCAUGCAUAGAGACACGGUCAGACCGUGUUUGACUCUUGUUUACUGCAUGUUGUUCUGCUAACACUAGCUGCUUUCUUCUACCAUAAAGGAUGAAUAAAGAUGAAGAACAUGUACCUACUCAUUUGGUAACUCCAUGGUUAUCUUCUGGAAGGAAUGUAGGUCAUUCAAUGAGUACCCAUCACUAUAGAUGAUGAUGGUAUCAGCUGAAGACAUAUUAAUGCUAGCAAGCAGUCAUGGUUUUUAGUUAAGAACAGAGUUCUCCCAUGUGUCCUAUUUUGAAAUUGUUCUACGUGACCAGCUUCUUUGACAUAAUUAAUUCCGGGUUCUCACACUCAUAAGACUCGGCUCCAAUUGUUGAAUACAAAUCUGUAACUCUCUGUAUUGAUGUG